UCCAUCUUGGCGUUCACAUGGCCCACCCAUCCAAAAGACAACUUUCCGCGGGAGAUAUGAACCGAAAAACUCGCAAGGCUUGGAGAGAGAAUAAGAACGAAAUAGCCGAAUGCGAAAAUUUCCCGGGGAAAUUAUUGGAAGCGAAGGAAAUUCGUUCUUCCGCGCAUAAGGAUUCUGGUUUAAGAGAUACAAAAACAGGCCAAGAACAGAGAUUUUUUUUUUUUAGCUUUGGGUUUACGGAGGUGAUUGCCGUCGACGGAGUUAUCAGCGGAGAGGGCUGAAAUCAUUCCCGUUUCAUUCCCUCCCAUGAAGACGAGCUUCAUCCUCAGAGUUCCUUGCUUCCCUCUUUGAUCGCCAAAUCCCUUUUUCGGGGGAGAUGUUCAAUGUUUGGACAUGGUUUCAGUAUUGCUUAGCUGUGCAUCCGUUGAAGACAGAGGUGAUCAGCUCUGGCUUGAUUUGGGGUGCCGGUGAUAUUGCUGCACAAGCCAUUAACAACUACACGGCCGCCGCCGAUAAGCCCCUCGUGUUUCAGGAUGAUGAAAGGCCUGAAAAGAUAAACUGGAAACGAGUAGCGACCACGAGCUUGUUCGGGUUUGGAUUCGUUGGACCUGUCGGACACUUCUGGUAUCAAGGUCUAGACAGAUUCAUGAGGUCACAGCUAUUCCACCCCAAUUCGCUGCGAUUCGUUGGUGUCAAAGUGGCGAUCGAUGGCUUCAUCUUCGGGCCACUGGAUCUGCUCUUGUUCUUCACGUACAUGGGCAUUGCUGCUGGGAAGAGCGUCCCGCAGAUCAGGGACGAUAUGAAGAGAGAUUUCCUCCCGGCUUUCAUGUUCGAAGGUGGCAUAUGGCCGAUCAUUCAGGUGGUGAACUUCCGCUUCGUCCCUGUGAAGUAUCAGCUCCUGUAUGUUAACUUCUUCUGCUUGAUAGAUAGUUGCUUCCUCUCGUGGCUCGAGCAGCAGCGCAAUGCUCCCUGGAAGGCGUGGGUGAACUCCUUGGUACCUUUCCAAGGGGAGAAAGGGUGAAGAAAGGAAAAAGGUUAGAUCUUUGUCCUUCUAUCAUCACCCCCUUCAACUAUGGAGAAAGAGGAUGUGAAAACGAUGAGUUCAGGGAAGACCUCAAGAUCAAGGCACUUACAGAUUUGCCAAGAAGACAUGGAAAAUGAUUGGUAGUGUUUUUUUCUUGUUAACACAAUUUUGACCGUACAUAGUAGGGUUACAUUUGAUCAUCCCUUCUCAUUGGGGCAUAAAUACUGAUCAUUUUU